UAGGUAUUUUGGUUUUUAUCCUAUAUUACUUGCUCUCAUGCUCUGUGAUGUCUGUGACUUCGUGAUAGGUUUCACUAAACGAAAAAAAUUGCAAUUGAGUCGUCUGGCUCGCUGUUUUUCAUCUGUAUUGUUUUAGUAAAUUAUAAUAAAACAUGGCAAAUAUAGCCGCGAAACGUAUUAAAAGAGAAAUCAAGGAGGUCGUGAAAAGUGAAGAGGUGGAAGAGGGCACGUUAAAACUCGAAUUGGUAAAUGAAAGUUGGACAGAGCUCCUCGGUGAAAUUUCUGGCCCACCGGAUACCCCUUACGAAGGUGGAGUGUUUAAACUUGAAAUUAAAGUGCCCGAAACAUAUCCAUUUAAUCCACCAAAGAUACGUUUCAUAACUAAAAUUUGGCAUCCGAAUGUAUCGUCAGUGACCGGUGCUAUUUGCUUAGAUAUACUUAAGGACCAAUGGGCGGCGGCCCUCACACUAAGAACAGUACUUCUGUCCAUACAAGCGCUGCUCGCGGCGGCCGAGCCGAACGACCCGCAGGACGCGGUCGUGGCUAAGCAAUACAAGGAUAACCAGCAGCUGUUCUCGCUGACGGCGAGACACUGGACCAACGUGUACGCCGGCGGUCCGGUCACCAUCUGGGAGUUCAAUCAGAAGGUGCAACUUCUCUUAGAAAUGGGCGUCGAGGAACACCAAGCGAGAGUCGCUCUCUCCACAUUCGAUUGGGAAAUCGAAAGAGCCACUGAACAGCUUUUUAGUUAGUGUCGAACGUUAGUUUUAUUCACCUUAUCCGACGUGAUUUUUGGUGAUAGCUGACUAGAAAUUAAAAUCUUAUAGUUGUACGUU